AUGAGGAAUAACUCACUACUUAGUGAAUUCAUUCUACUGGGAAUACCUCAGACACAAGGACUGGAAACUCUACUCUUUGUUGUGUUCUUAUUCAUCUACUUCUUUACCUUGCUUGGAAAUUUACUCAUUUUUACAGCAAUCAUCUCUUCAUCUACCCUUCACACUCCUAUGUAUUUCUUCUUGGGACUUCUAUCCAUUUUUGACAUGUUGUUCCCAUCAGUAACAUGUCCCAAGAUGCUAUUUUAUCUCUCCGGCCAGAGUGCAGCUAUCUCUUACAAAGGCUGUGCUGCCCAGCUUUUCUUCUAUCACUUUCUGGGUUCUACCGAAGGAUGCCUGUAUUCAGUGAUGGCCUAUGAUCGUUAUGUUGCCAUCUGUCACCCACUGAGAUACAUGCUCAUCAUGAAACCUGGAGUGUGCCUGGGCUUGGUAGCAAUGGCCUGGUCAGUGGGCUGUCUUCAUGCCACCAUCCUGACCUCUUUUACCUUUCAAUUAGUCUACUGUGCAUCCAAUAAAGUGGCCUAUUUUUUCUGCGACCUUCCUGCAGUUUUACCCCUGGCUUGUACUGACAAUACACUGGCCCAGAAGGUGGGUUCCAUCAAUGUUGGCUUUCUGGCUCUGAUGCUUCUCUUCAGUGUUUGUGUCUCCUAUGCACACAUUGGCAUUGCUAUCCUGAGAAUCCGUUCAGCAGAGGGCAGGCAGAAAGCAUUCUCCACCUGCAGUGCCCACCUUACUGCCAUUCUCUGUGCCUAUGGACCUGUGAUCAUCAUCUACUUGCAGCGCACACCAAACCCUCUGCUUGGGGCUGUGGUGCAAAUAUUAAAUAACAUUGUCUCACCCAUGCUGAACUCCUUAAUCUAUUCACUGAGGAACAAGGAAGUGAAGAGAUCCUUGAGGAAAAUUUUUCAGAGUGUAACUCUUGGCAUACAGAAAUGA